AGACAGGGAUGGGGAGGAGGCGGAGGAGGACUUUUUCCUCAGUCACAGGCAGAGGUCCAGCAGGGAGUCCCUGAAGCUCUCAGAGGGCGCCUCGCCUCUGUCCAAAUCCAGCAGCAAGUACUCUACGAAGUCCAGCGGCAGCGAGCGGUCGGUGGAAGCGGACCCCCUUUUCCACCAGCUGCACCCCAUGCUCAGCUCGGUCUUCGGCCAGCUGAACAUCUGAGCAUCCAACAAGCCUGCUGCACAGACAAGCGAUAGGAUCAUUGCCAGCCUUCUUGAAGGAGGAAAUUCUUCAUGGCAUUGCUUGUGGAGCUGCGACCACGGUGGCUUCAUGGCUAAGGAUGCAUUCACUGUCCUGUUCAGGUCCUGUUGCCUGGGGUGAUGAAAGUGAACAUAAAGUAAAAGCACGGAGAGAGAGAGGCAGAGAGAGAAAAAGCUCCCUGAAGAGGGAAGCCCCAGCAGCCAGUAGCUGUUUGGAUUUGCCUUGCGCUGCCUUUCUUGCUUUGCUCCCAAGGAAUACCUUUAAUGGGAUCAUUUGCUUCAGUUCCUUUAUAACCAAGUCCACCGGAAAGGCAGACUCAACAUAUUAUGGGCAACUGUGUGAAGUCUCCACUGAGAAACCUCUCGAAAAAGAUCCGCCAUGAGGAGAAGACGUGCUAUAAGGCUGUCCAGACGAGCGAAGAGGGGCCGUCGGAGUACCAGGGUCCGCUCAUGGUGCUGGCCCAGAACUGCGCCGUCAUGCACAACCUGCUGGGGCCAGCAUGCAUCUUCCUGAGGAAGGGCUUCGCAGAAAACAGGCAGCCUGAUAGAGAACUGCGCCCAGAAGAAAUUGAAGAAUUAAGAGAAGCCUUUAAGGAGUUUGAUAAAGACAAGGAUGGGUUUAUUAACUGCAGGGACCUGGGGAACUGCAUGCGAACCAUGGGCUACAUGCCUACUGAAAUGGAGCUCAUAGAACUCUCCCAGCAGAUCAACAUGAACUUGGGCGGCCAUGUGGAUUUUGAAGAUUUUGUUGAGCUGAUGGGACCAAAGCUGCUGGCAGAAACUGCAGACAUGAUUGGUGUAAAAGAGCUCCGUGAUGCCUUCAGAGAGUUUGACACUAAUGGUGAUGGGGAGAUCAGCACCAGUGAGCUGCGAGAAGCCAUGAAGAAGCUUCUAGGGCAGCAGGUGGGUCAUCGGGAUAUUGAAGAGAUCAUCCGGGACGUGGAUCUGAAUGGAGAUGGGCGUGUUGACUUUGAAGAGUUUGUUCGCAUGAUGUCCCGUUGAAGAUUAUUCUCAGCUAAAGAAAAAUCAGCACCUUAGAGAGGCAGAAGAGGACCUAGAUGGAGCAUCUAGCCCCGAUGUUCCCACAAGAAGGUUUAUCGGCUGGCUGCAAAUGGGACAUUGCAAGAUGACCUGCUGCUCCUCCCUCACGGUGGUCCCCAUGCCCCUCCACCCUUUCACACUGUGAAAGACUUAGAACUUCCUACAACUGGAACCAUUCCUUUGAGAUGAUUGCAGGAAACUGCAGAGCCAGGACUUGCCAUGAUGCUUUCAUGGGUUAUUUGCAACUUUAGACUCCUCCUCCCCAGCUUUAUUCUCCCACCAGCUGCUGCAAAGCAAGAGUAGGAGAACUCCUCUUGGCUUGGUGGAUGAGAGCAAAGCCAUUGGAACUGGUGGCAGCCUCAGGGCGUGCUCUGCACUUCUUGGUUUCCCUUGGUGAACCCUGUCUGUGUUUGCUGUCUAUGUGUGUGUGUCUAUCUGUGUGGAGUUAUUUAUGCUUCCUAGGCACAAAUUUGCAUCUCCCGUGGUUAUGUUUACCAAAAGUAAAUUCAAAUACAUGUCUUGUGGGGGGAAAGCGAUAAAUAUGCACGCUGAAAUGA